AUCAUUGCAUAGCUUUGCAAAGUAGCUGCGUUAUUGUAGCCUACUUUUUAUUACUUUGGCAACUGUGGUUCAGGGCAGUUGAUUAUUUGCCCCAUGAUUCCAUAGUUAAUGAGUAGCUGAGGGUUUUGCCCAUCAGCUUGUGUAGCUUCCACAUCCAUUCUCUGGUUCCUCAGCAGCACUGAGAUGAAGACACAGAUCCUAGAGCAGAUCAACUCAGAAUGUCAAAGGCUUUCUGACAAACCUGGUCCUGAUGAUUCAUGGCCUACAUCAGCUAGCCAAGACUUCGAUUUUGGUACCAAGGAAGGAACAGCAAAGUCAGCAAUGGAAGCAAAGCAAGAUGGUGUUGGUAUUAUUGAAAAUGUGCCACCAGAACAAACAGUUAAUGACAGUUUGACUUCUGCUGGUGGAGUGCAUAAAAAUUACAGAAGUGAUAUGAUGUCAGCAUUAGAAUUAGGAGAAGAGGAAGAUGUAGAAUCACCUUCUCUUCCUGAGAGUAUGUCUGAGAAUCCCAACAAAUAUGUUCCUCAUAUCUCUGGAGCUGUGGAUCAGAAAGUGCAAAGUAUAUUAAAUGGACAAGUAGAAGGAGCAGAUAAGAAUGCUGAGGAAGACUCUAUAACCAGGAUUAUUUCAACAAACAAAUCAAAGCACACCUGGUGGAAGGCCCAAACCACCACUCCAAGUAGCGAGAAAAGCAGCCAAAGACGCACCAACAGAGUGCACACAACACACUCCAAAAACACGUGUUCAACUGUCAGGCCCUGGAGAGUGUAGGACCCCUUUGUAAUAUAGUAGUACUCGCAGGUGUGGGACACAGAACAAGCUAGUAAAACACAUAAAGGACAGGAAACUAGCCAAAACGACAAAUCAGAAGAAUUCUCCUCAAAAAAAAAAAAAAAAAAAAAUUCCAGGAAGAAAGACAGCCAGA